GUGACUAAACAACUGAGAAGCAAAUAUAGAGUUAUAGUGAAUAAAAUGCUGUUGAACUGAAUGAGUAACUUUUUGUAAUAAAAUGUAAAUAUUGAAAUUUUAAGGAAUAAAUAUGUUUAUAUGAGCCUAGGAAGUAUGGUGAUUAAAAAGCAGUUCAUAAUCGCCUUGGAAGUGUUUCUCUGUAGUGCAUUAAUGGAAGAUUAUUCCCAAUUGCAUAUGUAUGACGGAUCUGACUUUUUGGUAGUUGUCUCGAGCUCACUGUUUGUUGACAAAUCUUUAUUCAUAAAACAUUUUUUCGACAAAACCAAAACAGGUGACGGGAUUUUAAUAUUGACCCCUAGGAAGUUUGGGAAGACUACCUGCAUGAACAUGGUAAAAAGAUUUUUUUCCAUCAACACUGACGAAAAAGGGAACAUCAAAGAAUUAGAGGAAACUUCCAAUUACAACUUGUUCAGGAACAAUAAUUUGGACGCUUACAGAUUUAAACGACUUUUUUAAAAAGCACUUUGGUAAAUACCCAGUUCUUUCGAUUGAUUACAAGGCACUUAGUGAAGCUUCUAGUUACGACGAUUUUAUAGAGACUUUAAAACUGUUAUUGAUGAAAAGUUAUCGUGAUCAUGCAUACCUUUUGCACGAUAGUAAUCAGUGGUCAGUGAAAAAUGAAAAUAAUGGACUUACUAGAGAGAAACUGAAAUUGUACAUGAGUAAAAUGACUAUUGAAAAAUUACAUUUGUCAGACAUUAAGACUUGUUUUAAAUUGUUGUGCCAAGUCUUGAAUGAACAGUUUGGAAGGCGUGUUAUUGUUUUAAUGGAUAACUUUGACGCUCUUGUGGAGAGCCCACUAUUUUCUCGGAAUCCAAAUAUGUCCAGUGUCUUCAAAGACGUAAACAGUGACUUACUUCGAUGUGAAAGUGUGGAAAGGUCCUUGGUGAUGGGAAGGGGAUGUGAAUUAGGAUCGUCAUCGGAGCUAUUCCUUCCCGCCAAUAUCAGGACAACUACCCAGGCGUGGCCGUACUUCGGGCUGAGUGUCGCCGAGCUGGAGGAGCUCUUGCGGCAUGUCGUCAGGAGACCUGAAGCUCGCGAGAAAGCCAUGCACAGAAUUCUCCACAGGGAUAGCUGUAGCAAUACGAGGAGUUGUACAGUAGCUGCAGACAAUGACAGGCCAGUAGCUAAACAAAUGUAUUGCUUUGAAUCUCUGAUGGAAUAUUUUAAACAAGAAGAAGCGAAUGAUUAUCCCGCUUAUGUAGAAUACGACUUUAAGUAGGGUUGCUCCUUUAUGGAUUAUAGUAAACAACGUUACAAUAAAAAAUAUUUUAAAAAUUAUUUUGGCUAAAUUUAUUUUUAUGCUUUGUUUUUGUGUGUUUUGCAAUAACAUUUCAUAAGAAAAGCACUGUUUUAUGUGAAAUAAACCAAGUUAUUUGCAUAUGUGAGAAGUUUUUAAUUUUCAAUAAAUCUUUCGUAAUAACAA